AUGUUUCGUCCCGCUGCUCGAGCGCUCGCUCAUGCGCCUACUGUCGCGUCCCGUACACCCGCCACCAGACGAUUGAUAAGCACCGGUCCUCCGAAGCCGCGAAGCUGGAAGAACACGAUCCUGCGAUUGGGUUUGGCCGGCGGUGCCAUCUACUACUACAACACUAGCAGUGUUUUCUCCGAGGAGCCAAAGUUCUCUCUUCUUUCUUCGAUCCGCAAACAAAAUGGCGAAGAUGCCAACACCCAGACUCUCGAUUCUAUCACCCCCAAGAUUCGGCAAGAACGCGCCGCUGAGAAGGCCCAGCGUGCCGAGUCCGCCGCUCUGGAAGGAGGUGUGAACGCCCAGGAGCUUCAGGAAGAAGCUGGCCAAGAGGCCGCAUUCAACCCGGAAACCGGCGAGAUUAACUGGGACUGCCCGUGUCUCGGAGGUAUGGCCCACGGUCCAUGCGGAGAAGACUUCAAGGCUGCCUUCAGCUGCUUCGUGUUUUCCGAGGAGGAGCCCAAGGGCAUCGACUGCAUUGAGAAGUUCAAGGCCAUGCAAGAUUGCUUCCGUCAAUACCCCGAAGUCUACGGUGCCGAAUUAGAAGACGACGACGAGGCCCCUGCUGCACCCGAAGUUCCCCCCACCGCUGCCGAGAUCAACGCAUCUUCCCAGCCCGAAGAAAAGCAAGCCCGUGCCAAGGAAGUCAAUGCCCAGAUGAAGGAGACUGAACACCCCAACGAGGACCUCCUCAUUCCCAAGGCUGCACACGACACCGAGGAGAAGAACCAAACCAACAAAGCUUAG